CUUGCGCAACAAGAAGGUGGCGUUUGUGGGCGAUUCAGUGGGGCUGCAGCAGUUCUUCUCCUUCCUCUGCCUCAUCUCCCCCACGCCGCGCACCCACGAGCCGUACAUCGAGUCACGAGAUGCAGAUUACAAGUUCAACUGGACAACCGGCUGGCGCGGAUGGCAGGGCUCAGCCUACCGCUUCCCUGAGACCAACACCACGGUGUUGCUCAAGUGGACCACGUCGCUGUGCCACGUGGCGCGCAAGGAUUGGGCGAACGAGUCAGCGGGGCAGGCGGCCCAUCUGGACCAACCGGACGAGUUUCUGAGGCAGCAUAUGGAGGAGAUGGAUGUGAUUAUAAUGAACACGGGGCACCGCUGGAACAUUAACAAGAUGCAGGAGUAUGGGUGGCACUUUCACCUAGGCGGCAUCCCUGUUCCGCCAGAGACUCACAAGGAGAUGGAGGGCGAGUUCAACGUGCCCAUGCGCACCGUACUGCGCUCUUCUGCCAUGUGGGCUCACCGGCAGCUGCAGGCCAUGGCUCAGAGUGCCGAUUGGCUUGAGUUGUCACAGCAUGUUGACUGCAUCAUCGUGGACUCUCCAGGUACCCUUCUCGCUUAUGGUCAAACGAGCAGCUGCAAGACUUUUACCAUGAAGGAAAGCGUCAUCCCUCUUUGCAUCCGACAGGUGUUCGGCCACAUCGAGAUCGAGGUAACAAAUCAACAUCACAGCCCCACGACAGCUGAGGAAUGCGUGAGGGAUGACCUCGCUCUCGAUGUGGCCGAACACCUGUUGGAUGCAGAGAGGGAUGACGCCUUCCUUCAUGGUAAAAGAGUACGGGUGGCAGUUCCAUAUGGGAUUGCUGCCAGUCCCUCCAGACACACACAAGGAGAUGGAGGGCGAAUUCAACGUGCCCAUGCGCACCGUGCUGCCCAUGCAUCCCCUCCCACGCCCUCAUUCCUCCUGUCCCCCAUCCCCCCAUCCCCCGCCCUCCCUUCCGCCCCCAGCAACAAGAUGCAGGAGUACGGGUGGCAGUUCCACCUGGGCGGGUUGCCAGUCCCUCCAGACACCCACAGGCAGAUGGAGGGCGACUUCAACGUGCCCAUGCGCACCGUGCUGCCCCUUCAGUCACCCUCACACCCCCCAUCCUUCCACCCCCUCCCUCACCCCCCCAGCAACAAGAUGCAGGAGUACGGGUGGCAGUUCCACCUGCACGGGGCCCCGGUCCCCCCAGAAUCACACAAGGAGAUGGAGGGCGACUUCAACGUGCCCAUGCUCACCGUGCUGCGCUCGACCGCCCUCUGGGCUCACUGCCAGCUGCAGGCCAUGGCUCAGGAGAGGGAGGGGAGGCAAGUGAGCGGCGAGGGAGCAUGCUUUUCAGUAUAUUCCUCCCACCUCCACACCCACCCCCAACCGCCCCCCCUCCAGAAACAAGAUGAAAGAAUAUGGAUGGCAGUUCCACCUGGGGGGAGUCCCAGUGCCACCAGACACACACAAGGAGAUGGAGGCGACUUCAACGUGCCCAUGCGCACCGUGCUGCGCUCGACCGCCAUGUGGGUGCACCGGCACCUGCAGGAGAUAUCCGAGGAGCGGGAGAGGCGGCGAUUGGCUGCCAUGCGGGAAGGGGAGAGGAGGGAGGGUGCGGAGGGAGAGGAGGGAGAGCGGGCGCUGCCGCUGGUGCUGCUGGUGACGCGGUCGCCGGCGCAUUUUAUGGACGGGCAGUGGAACACUGGCGGAGGGUGCGACAAGCUGCAGAGCAUGUUGACUCAGGAGGAGACAGACCGGCUGCAUUUCCAGUCGCGGGAUUGGAACGCAGAGGCAGCAGUGGAAGGGACAGCAGUGCGGCUGCUGAACAUCACGGCGCUGUCUGCCCUGCGCCCCGAGGCACACCUGUCCCGGUGGUAUGACAAGGACGGCAAGGCACCGGGGCAGCAGGACUGCGUGCACUGGUGCCUGCCGGGCGUGCCUGAUGCUUGGAAUGAGUUGCUGUUCUGGGAGAUUGUGCGGAGUGGUCGGUUUCCCUUGCCUGGGGAAGCAAGAGGGAGAGGGGAUAGGGACGGUAGCACCAGGCUUAUUCAAGACACGUAA